CGGGAGACUGGGCUCGCAGGGAAGGUGAAUACGGAUCUCAAGCUGGGACUCAUUCUUCAAUCACAGGUAAAAGCGCCAAAGCGCUUUGCGCAUGCGCCUAGUAAGACCCACUCUCCCCGGACUCCUCCCCGCGCCUCUUCGCCCAUCACCAACAUGGCCUCCGGGGCAACAGCCCCUCCUGCCCGGCGCAGACGUAGCGGGGUUAUGACGUCAUAGGACGGCGCCGGUAGUCCCAGAGACUGCACGUGGGUUCGCGUUUAGAAACUCUGUCCGGGCCAUGGAUACGCCGCUGAGGCGCAGCCGGCGGCUGGAAGGACUAAAGCCUGAAUCCCCCGAGAACCCCACCUCGGUUCUGCGGGCGAGACGGGCCCUUGUGGAGUUCGAGUCGAACCCAGAAGAAAGGAGGGAGCCCGGGUCUCCUCGGAGUGUGCGGCCACCUGGCCUGGAGUCUCCCAGACAUCAGCCGGAGACAAGCCCGGUAUCACCCAGUCUACGGGAGGGGGCAGGCUUGGGGUCUCCCCGAAAGCAGCCAGAGCCGGACCCAGGGUCGCCCCAGCGUCAGCGAGACCCAGGCCUGGAGUCGCCCCAAAGACAGCCGGAAUCGAGUCCUGAAUUCUCCCGACUUCAGCCAAAGCCAAAUGAGGAGUCACCAAAGUUUUCCCAGGACCGAGAAGAAGCGGAUUCGGAGUUGCCUAAGAGUAAGGAGGAGCCGACCCCGGGGUCCCCCCGACAUCAGUUGCAGCCGAGCCCAGGGUCACUAGAGCCUUCCCCCGGUCAGCAAGCGCCGGGUCCCGAGCCCUCUCAGCCACUACAGGAGCUGACACCCCAGUCGCUCGGCUCCCCACGGGAUCAGCGUGAGCCGAGCAAGCCCCCGCCGGCCGGGCAGCCGGAGAGAGACGGCCUCGGGCCAAAGAAGCGAGAAGGUUCUUCAGCCCAGGCCCCAGCGUCCAAGAAACCGAAGAAGGAGGAGGGCCCUAAAAUUCCGAAGGGGAAGCCCAAGUCUGGGCGGGUGUGGAAGGACCGCUCAAAGAAGAGGUUCUCCCAGAUGGUUCAGGACAAGCCCCUGCGCACAUCCUGGCAGCAGAAGAUGAAGGACCGGCGGGAGAGAAAGCAGACCAAGGACUUCGCCCGGCACCUGCAGGAGGAGAAGGAGCGGCGCCGGCAGGAGAAGAAGCAGCGCCGCGCCGAGAACCUGAAACGCCGCCUGGAGAACGAGCGGAAGGCGGAGAUCGUGCAAGUGAUCCGAAACCCCACCAAGCUCAAGCGGGCGAAGAAGCAGCAGCUGCGCUCCAUUGAGAAGCGCGACACGCUGGCCCAGCUGCAGAAGCAGCCGCCACAGCGGCCGGCAGCCAAGAUCUGAGCUCAGGAUGGCCGAGGCCUUCUGUGGCCAACCACCGUGUCACACACGGCAGCCCUCGGGCCACUGGCCACACGCCUCUGCUGACCCAGCACUCCAACCCCAUGGCUCCAAAACAGUGGCUCCACCCAAGACGGGGCUCUGAGCCUUCAGAAGGGCUCACAGGCAGGUCUUUGUGGCACAGAGACCCAGAGGUAGCCUGGGACCUGGCAGAGACUGGAGGAGGGAGGAGGGUCAGCUCUCCCCUUCCCCGUCCUCUCUGAGUGCCUUCAAACCACGAAGAGUAAUUUCUGGUUCCUCAGGGAGCUGCUGACUGGCGGGUGACUCCCCAAAACAUGUAUGUUCUGUCUCAGAGUCCUGGGUCUAACCCAGGCCAGGAGGCCGGAAGUCAGGAAUCCACCUCCCCCACACACACACCUCCCCAAAGGCUGCUUUGGGUCCCUCUGCAUCCCACUGACCCUGUCACCAAGCAGACUGCAUCCAGCUCUUAACACUUAAGGUUAAAAUGGGGAGGUUGCAGGGGGCAGGGUCUCUCUAGCUCCCCCUUUCCUGUACCAGACUCUGCAGAAGCCCCAGAGAUCUGAUUAACUCAUGCCAUCCAGUCUACAGCAGAAAUAUUUAUUGAACGCCUGCUGUGUACAGGCACAAUUCUAGGUACCAGGGAAUACAGACAAAAGUCCCUGCCCUCAAGGAUCUUUCAUUCUGAUGGAGAAAACAUAAUAAACAAGUAAAAUGU